AACAAAUCUCAACGCACGAUUGGUCCUUGACAGUAGCAUUUUUCUCCUGCUCUGACUGCUUUUUUUUUUUUUUUUUUUUUUUUCUCACUCUUUCACUCUCUCACAGCAGAGUGCUAGUGUAAAUAAACAGAAGGAGUGGUCCCAGCCGAAACAGAAAGAAGGGAAGAAGGGCAGAGAGAGACCUGAAGGUAUAUGGUGUGUGUGGGAGGAUAGGAGUGACAGUGGGAGACAAUAAGAUGAGUAGGCAGAUGUGAAAAAGAAAGUAAGAAGAGAGAGAGAGAGAGAGAGAAGAGUCUGGAGAGAGAGGGGAAGUCUGAUAAGUGGUCGGGGGGAAAUGACUGUUGACUUCUUCUUCAUGCGGGACUGACAGCUCCGGCAGCUGUGUGGAUUCUAGAGUGAGGAUGGAUCGUGGAGAGGGGAAAAAGCGCUAUGUGUCCACCCUGCAUGUGCAGCUGUCUCCUGGCACUUGGACCAUAGUCACCACCAACAGACGGACGAUGAGCGCAAACAAAGCACUGGACUCAGUAGACAAAAACACAAAUGGAAAUAAUCAGGACUUUGAGAGAGUGUGCCAGACGAAGAUCAAGCCGCCUGCAUCUUCCCCCGUGUUUUCCCCAACCUCAGAGAGGCUGAAUGGCUCGAGCCCCAGGUCACCACUGACACCCUUGGGUAAGGGCAGUGUUGCUGAAGGACUACUGUCACCUGUUCAGAGUCCCCAAACAGAAACCCCAACACGGCGGAAAGAAGCUGUUCUGAAGAGGAGGACAAGUUCAGGGACAGCCCCUCCAUUGCUGUUCUUGACUCCCCCAGCUGUAGUGGAGGUUCAGGUUGGGACUGAGGCACGUUUGGCAGCUGAAUUCAGUGGCGGUGCACCUGUAGCAUCUUGCUGGAUUCACAACAAAGAGGAGGUGAGAGACAGGCCUGGGUACCUAAUAGAGAGCAGUGACGAGCGCAGCACUCUGAUAAUCUCGGCAGCUCAGCCAGAGGACGCCGGCCUCUACUGCAUCCUGCUACGCGACCGCAAGACCUCCGCUCAGCAAACACUCACCCUGUCUGUCGCUGACAGACCCCAUCCUCCGGCCUCCUGUCCUGUGGUGUCCUUCACCCCGCAGGGUCCUGUGGUGUCCUGGUCAGGUCCCAGCUACGACGGCGGCAGCGCUGUCACAGGCUAUGUGGUAGAGGUUAAGGAAAUACACCCAGGAAAACCAGGGAUCUGGCGUGAACUCACGGCCCAGUGCAAGAGCACAUCCUUCAGGCUCCACUCUAAACUUCAGCCCCAAGGGGAGUACUGCUUCCGGGUACGCGUCUGUAACACAGUGGGUGUGAGUGAGCCAAGCGAGGAGUCACAGGUCUUUCAGAUGGAGACUGUAGAAGACCAACAGGAGAUGCCACCGCAGUAUGUGGAUGUCACAAUUGACACACUCCACAAGGUCACCGACCACUACAAUGUUCUAGAAAAACUGGGAUCGGGUAAGUUUGGACAGGUGUUCCGCCUCAAACACAAGGAAACGGGGCAUGUGUAUGCUGGGAAGUUUUACAAGGGUCGGCGUGAGAAGGAGAGAGAGGCAGCAAGGAGGGAGAUUCAGCUCAUGAACCAUCUCCAUCACCCAAAACUGGUGCAGUGCCUGGGAGCCUACGACAACAAGCCUGAGGUUGUCAUGGUGAUGGAGUUCAUAGCAGGCGGCGAGCUGUUUGAGCGCAUCGUGGAUGACAGCUACGAACACACAGAGUCCACCAGCGCCCGCUACAUGCACCAGGUUCUCGAUGGGGUCCGGUUCAUGCACGAGCAGAACAUCAUCCACCUGGACCUCAAACCCGAGAACAUAGUCUGUGUGGACAAGAGCAGUACCUCAAUUAAGGUCAUUGACUUUGGACUUGCAAGCAAGCUGGAUCCCUCCACACCUCUGACAGUGAUGCAUGGAACUCCUGAAUUUGUGGCUCCAGAGGUGAUCAACUAUGAGCCUGUGAACUUUGGCACAGACAUGUGGAGCAUCGGGGUAAUCUGCUACAUCCUGCUGAGUGGAGAGUCCCCAUUCCAGGGCAGCAGUGAUGCUGAAACUCUAGCCCUGGUCACGGCUGCACAGUGGGAGUUUGAUGAUGAGAGCUUCGAGGACAUCAGCUCAGAGGCCAGAAAUUUCAUUAGCUCUCUGCUCAACAAGAACAUGAGACGCCGAAUGUCCUGUGAGGAGGCUCUAGUCCAUCCCUGGAUGCUCUCAGCUGGUGGAGGAGCUGCAAAGUGCCUCUCCAAGGAUAAGAUGAAGAAAUUCCUGGCCAGACAGAAAUGGAAGAAAACUGGAAAAGCUCUCUUGGCUUUGAAGAGAAUGACACUGAAACCCAAAGAAGGCUCGAUGUCUGUAAGCAGCCCAGUGGAGGACUCUCCUGAGGUGCUGGAGGCUUUGGAGAGGAAACUCCAGUCUACACCACAGUUCAGCCAGAAGCCCUCAGACGUCUCAGUAGCAGCAGGAUCAACAGCCCUGUUCAUAUGCAAAAUCACAGGCUACCCUGACCCAGAGGUGCAGUGGCUGAAGGGGGAGGAGGAGCUGGAGGAGCAGACCUCCCGCGUGACCGUGGACUACGAGGAGGACGGCAGCUGCAGCCUCAAACUGGAGAAGGUGGAGGCAAAGGACUCCGGAGUUUACACCUGCAGAGCCGUCAAUGACCAGGGGGAGGCAGUGUGCUCUGUGACACUCACUGUGAAGAACAGAGCUGGAUGUUGAUGUUCACAUACUAGUGUGUCUCAAACAGGAACGGACACAGACACACACACACACACACACACAUUUGCGGUGCCUUGUGUUCAUGACUAUGAUGGUGAGAGAAUUAUAGGUUUUGAUUUGCUUUACAUAAAUCUAAUUUCUCUGCUCUUACUGCAUGUGUAUGGUUAUAUAAUGACAACUCAUUACAAUCAUAUUUGGUGGUGGUGGCAAUUGAGUGGCAAUUAUGUGACUCACUCAUGUAAUACAAAUGCUGUACUGAUGAGGGAGAAAUAGAAAAUAGUCAGUGGUAAAAUCUGUCAUACAACUAACAAUAAACAUAUAAUUUCCUUAA